AUGGAGGCUAUGAACGAUACUGAUAUACAAUUGGAUACUAUCACUAAUGCCGACACUUCAUCACUUAUUCAAGAAAGUAAUCCUAUGAAAACAGUUGAAUUGCCUUCUACAACGAUCAUUACUAUGGAUCCAAAUGUUUCCGACAACAAAGAAAAUCUUUCUAAAACUGUUAACAAAAAAAAGAGUGUCGCAAAUAUAUCAUUUUCUGAGCUCAGUCGUCGACUCACAAUGAGAAAAAAAUUACAUAAAAAACUUACUUUGGUGACUGAUAUUAUGUGUUUUCUUGGUAUGUUGGGAAUUAUUCUUAUGAUUAUUGAAAAUGAAAUAACAUUUGCCCAUAUCGGUAAUCCCGAAACCGUAGUGAGUUGGUCUAUCAAAAUAGUUAUUAGUCUUUCAACAGUUGUUCUUAUUGGAUGUAUCAUCGAAUAUCACCGUUUAGAUAUAUAUCUCUAUGCUGUUAAUAAUUCAAUUGAAAAUCAUCGUGUUGCAAUAACGUACACGAGAAUAUGCUUGAUUGUAAUUGAAAUAUUAAUUUGUGCUAUACAUCCAAUGCCUCGCGCUUAUCCGUAUCAUUCAAAUGAAUCAUCAGAAAAUACAAGCUCAGAUGGAUCCACACGUAUAACUGAUUCUUUGUAUUAUGCAUCUGUUGAUGUAGCACUUGGUUUACCAAUGUUUGCCCGUCUUUAUUUGCUUUGGCGUUUUAUCAUGUUUCAUUCUAAUCUGUUUCGGGAUGCAUCAUCACGAUCAGUUGGUUUUCUUAAUAAAGUAUCAAUUGAUUACUACUUUCUUAUUAAAGCUUAUCUUGAACAAUGGCCAAUGUUUUGUUUAACAAUAUUUUGUAUACUUGUCUUCCUUAUUGGAAGUUGGUCUUUACGUGCAUGUGACUACACAGGAACCGAUGAACAUUUUACAAUGCAAAAUGCAAUGUGGUUAUUCAUUAUAACAUUUACUACUGUUGGUUAUGGAGAUUUCACACCUUCUACAUUUUGUGGACGAACUAUUGCUGCUAUGAUUGGUUUGGUUGGUGUCCUUUCAACUGCUCUUCUUAUCAGUGUUCUCACACAAAAACUUCAAAUGAAUCGAUGGGAAAAAUAUGUGCAUAAUUUUGUAUUGAAUAUUGAAUUGGCAAAAGAGCGUAAAAUACAAGCAGCUAAUGUUAUUAAAUGUGCAUGUAGACUUUGGUUUAUAAGAAGGAAAAAUACGCCUGUAUCAUCUACUCGAUUUGUUCGAGUACAACGAGAACUAUUUCACUCAAUACAUUCACUUCACGAAAUUAAACAACGACAAGGAGAACUAGUCGACAAUUGUACUGAUCAAAUUGAUCUACUCGCUGUUCAACGUAACAAUAAUUCUCAAACAUGUGAGAUUGCAGAGCAGUUGCAGACAAUGAAAGUUAAAAUGGAUAGUAUGGACGAGAGACUUGUUGAAAUGAACAGAAAUAUAAACAAUACAAUAGCCGAUAUGCAAGAAACACUGUGUUUGUUAUUGAAGAAAGUUUCAAAAUAA